UCCGCGGUUGUGUUUAUGUGCGUGGAUUCGGUAGCAGCAUCAUCGGAGAAAAGAAACUCGGUGUUUUUUAAAGGAUUUUUUUUCCGGGGAGAGCCAUGCACGUGGUGGGAAGGCUCGCUUGGUGGCUGACGUGGCUAGUGGCUAUCUUCAGCGCCGUCAAGACCGCUAUGGUGUCCAGGUUGCCCCUCAAUUUCAGACAUAACCAUAAGAUGGCGUUCAGGAUCUUCUACCAAACUGGGAAUAAUGAAUCAGACCUCCCAGAAUGUGGUCCAAUGACUGUCUGCAACAGAGUGGAUACAUAUUCAACACCUUGGGUAGAAAGGCAAUGUCGCUGCCCAGGAAAGAAAAUUUGUUCAAUGUCCAUUGAUGCAAGAGAUGGAUAUACAGUUGUCGACAAAUCCAGACAGUUAAAGCUCUGUGAGCCGGUAAGCAGGCUACCAACCUGCCGGUACUUUCGGGACGUGGCGUGGACGUACGCCACUUAUCCGGACAACUCAACAAAGCAAACAAUGCAUUGUAUGUGCCCUAAGAACGGCGUGGGAUAUAUAUUCAAGCACGAAGUAUACAACACGCCAGAGGGACCAGCUGUACUUUAUUUUCUGGCAUGCUCACCUCAAAGCCAACCAUUCCACUGUGAGCUAGAAGGUGAAUUAGGCAUUCCUUGCAUCAAUUUGGGGCCAGUAUCUUGCAGAGUUCGUUUGGACAGAGGUGGUUAUGUGCCCGGAGAAAGCAUACGGCUGUCUGCCACCAUCGACAAUGGCAGCGGUGUUGCUAUUCACAGGACCAAAGCUCUUCUCACCGAGACAAUUCAGUACACGGCGAAAAAGAAAAUAGUGCAGUCAGAAACACGGGAGUUAGCAUCUCUUCAAAAAGGAAGGAUAGACGCAGGAACUACGGACCACUGGAAGAACGAACUACUGUACAUCCCACCUCUUCCUCCGACCAACCUGCGAGGUUGUCACCUAAUCAAGAUACAAUAUGACGUUUAUUUUCAGAUCGAGCCGAAAGGUGUUGAUAGAGUAAUGAGCCUUCAACUGCCAAUUAUGAUUGCUACAUAUCCAGUUCGUAACAGAGAUGGAACACUGCCACGACGCCAAGGGACAAGCUAUCCACCGAGCCUACCAGUUUGUAGACCUUGGCUAAAUUCAGCUAAAUUGAAGUGAAAUGAAGGGCAUAGUAUCUCUAGCUCAAACUUCCCAGUCAUUUUUAUUUCCUUUUCUUUAUGUUUAUUAUAUUUAAUGCUUUGUAACCAACUAAUAAAACGCCUCACUGAAAAAAUUUGAAAAGACAAUUCUUAAGCUUAUUAGCUAUGCAAAAGCUUUUUUCCACAGAACAUGAAGAAAUUCUAAACAAGAAUCUUCUGUUUGGUUUGUGUCUUGAGUCUACCAAAACUGAAUAUAAAUCCUCUUAAAAUUUUAAUCCAUCAAGGGCCUAGUGGCAGAUUUUGUUCUUGAGAGCCUGUUGCCAUGCAUUUUUGGAGGAGACUAAGGAACGAGGAGAACUACGUAAAAUGUUUUUCAUGUGUCUUUUUGGAUCUCCUUUGGGGCAUAUACGUCUUGGGAGACACUUGCAACUCCAACAUGUUAACUCAAGGACCAAUAAAAAGUAUAAUUAAAAAAUAGUCACAAGACAAAAAAAAAA